AUGGGUGGUCAUCGUAAACUAAAUUUUAUUGAACAAGAUGAUGCCAAAGAAUUUGAGAAGUACUUAUUAAGAACGAAAGAGAAGAAUCAAAAUUUCUUUUAUGAGCUUAAUCUUAAAGUUGAUCACUCUAUCAAAAAUGCAUUUUGGGCUAAUGCAAGAAGUAUGGCUGCGUAUGAGUAUUUUGAAGAUGUUAUUUCAUUUGAUAUGACUUACAAAACAAAUAAGUACAAUUUGGCUUUUGGUUCUUUUGUUGGUGUGAAUCACCAUGAAUAUGAGGAGUUGACUGGAAUUCUGCCCCGUGCUUUUGAUAAGAUCAUGGCUAAGAUGCAAGAAUAUCAAGCAAAAAGUAAAGUUGAACCUUUUAGAUGGUGGAUCAAUAAUCCAGUCAAGCUCUAG